CUCCUCGUCGGCCUGGGUAAUCCCGGCCGGCAGUACGAGAGCACGCGGCACAACGUCGGCCGACUUGCGCUGGAAGAAAUCUGCGUGGCGGCCGGCAUUGCGCCGUUCGAAAAGCACGCCACAGCUGACGUCGCCGUCGGCACGCUCGGUUCGGUGCGGGUGGCGGCGGUGGUGCCCCGCUCGUACAUGAAUGUCUGCGGCGGCGCAGUCAGCGCAUUGGCACGCGAUCUGCGCCUGCCCGCUGCGUCGGUGCUCGUGCUGCACGACGAUCUUGAUCUCGCUCCCGGCAAAGUGAAGCUCAAGUUGGGCGGCUCCGCCGGAGGC